AUGCGGGAUAUGCUCAAUGGUAGUAAACAGCAUUCAGAGAAACCUGACACUACAAAUGUCACUGGUCAACUUCCUUUCCCAAAACCUAUUGGCCUUCACCCUCCUAAUGGAGGGAUUCCAAUACCUCAAUCUACAUCAACAAUUCCAAUCACUGCAUCUUCUACUCAAACACUUGACCUGUCUAGUAUUGGCUUCUCUUUUCCUGCUAGAGCAACACUUCAAGAGCUGGAGUUAGGAUCAGUAACAUCAAUAGAUGAGGAACUACUUAAAGGUGAUGGAGAUGAACUACAAAAACUUGGAAAAGCUCAAGGGGUGUGUGUGGCUAGCUCUAAGGAUGAAAGUAGCCAUAUGGUGGCUAUGACAGCAAGUUUUGUGAAGGGUGAGUAUCAAGAUGGUCUGAGACUUUUUGGAGUGCACAGGACUGAUGUAUUUGAGUCACAUGUUGCAGUUAUUGGAGGCACUGGAAAGUACUAUGGUGCAAAUGGCUAUGCUGUAGUUAAGGUUGUGGAUAGAGUAGGGUCUAGUACAGAAGGAAAAGUUAUAAGUUCAAAAUUCCUUUUGUUUGAUGUGUAUCUUAGUUAG